AUGUCUGCACCAAAUCAUGAAACCCAGCCAUACAAGCCGCCCUCCAAAUCCUUUUGGAAAGGCAAGGCCAAGGCCGUCACCGACGACUUCGACGACCUCUUCCCCCGCAUCACCUACCGCCACCUGCACUCGACCACCCUCGGCGUGCGCGACCCGCUCCGGGUCGUCGCGCUCUGCGACUCGGAUGCCUUCUACGCCGCGUGCGAGCGCGUCCGCCUCGACCUCGACCCCGCCCUCCCGCUCGUCGUGCAGCAGUGGGAGGCGCUCAUCGCGGUCAACUACCCCGCGCGCGCGUUCGGGAUCUCGCGCAUGGACAACGUCCGCGACGCGCGCAAGCGCUGCCCCGCGCUCCGCGUCGUCCACGUCGCGACGUACAAGGAGGGCGAGCCCGAGCCCGGGUACUGGCCCGACCCGGACACGCGCACGCACAAGGUCUCGCUCGACCACUACCGGCGCGAGAGCAUGAAGAUCAUCCAGAUGUUCAAGGACGGGCUGCCCGGCGGGGAGGUCGAGAAGGCGUCGAUCGACGAGGCGUUCAUCGACUUCACGCGGCCGGUGCGCGAGGAGAUGCUCAGGCGGUAUCCGUACCUCGCCACGGUGCCUCCGGAUGCGCCGGAGGGACUCGACAGCCCUUUGCCGCCGCCCCCGCCGAUCUCGUGGGGCGGCUUGGGGAGCGUCGUGCCCGUGGACCCGCCGAAGGACCCACCGACCACUGAGUCGGACGGGGAGGUCGCAAAAGAGGAACAAGGUGGGGAGGAACCCGCGGACGAAGUUGGGGCGGAAGACGAGGACCAGCAUUCCAGCGCGGAAGAGGACGACGAGCAUGUCACUUGGCAUGAUGUCGCACUGUCCAUUGCUGCAGAAUUCAUGCUUCGAAUACGAGAAGACAUUCGAGACAAGCUGGGCUAUACUACUUCUGCGGGCCUAGCACGGAACAAGUUCCUCGCCAAGGUUCUCACGGCGUCGUACAAGAAGCCCAUGAGCCAGACUAUACUGCGCAAUGCUGCCAUACCCAAUUACCUUAGACCGAUGCCAUUCCAGAAAAUCAGGUUUUUGGGUGGAAAACUCGGCAAGGCCCUCGCAGAAGAGUACGAUGUGUCCACAGUUGGCGAUCUACUGACCAUUGACCUCGAGGAGAUGCAACGCAAGUUCGGGGAGGAGUCAAUCUGGGUCUAUGAGAUCCUGCGGGGAAUUGACAGAACAGAAGUCAAGGAAAAGUCUGUGGUGAACAAGAGCAUGAUGGCAUCCAAGAAUCUGGCGACGCCCGUUACAAAGGCAACCGAUGGACACCAUUGGGUUCGUGUACUGGCUGCGGAGCUCGCGCUUCGUCUAAAUGAAGCGCGAGACAACAAUCCAGCACUGUGGCCGAAGACUAUCGUUCUCCACGUGCGCAAAGGGUAUGAUACUUCGAAGUCUAAGCAGACGCCGUUUCCCUUUACGAAGAGCGUCACAGUCGAUGCGAUUGCUUCAUUCGGUAACAAGCUUUGGGACGAGCUCGUCGGUACUCGUGGAUCAACUCCGUUCAAGAUCACAAACGUGUCAUUGGGGUUCUCCGGGAUCGGUAUCAUGGAAGCAGGCCAACGGACCAUUGAAGGCUUCCUCACUGCUCGCAAUGCAUCGGACGACCAACAGUCGCUUGCCGUCACUGCGAGUGAUGCAGUUCGUUCGCCAGCAAAACGCCCACGAUUGUCCUCCGACCACGAAGAGCGCCCGGCAAGUCGGGCCAAGGACUCGAGCUCAAGUCGGAGCGCCGCCGCCGCCGCCGCUGCGACGAACCCCCUGAACGCUAGCGUGAAGCAGGACCAUUCGCGCGCACCCGGCUCGGACCGAUGGGCGUUCGUCUGCGACAAGUGCGGGGCGGUUAUACGGGUGCCCAACGGUGAACGGGGGGGAUCAGAUGCGGCAGUUGAUGCGAGGGGCAGUUCUGGCACCGUGGACGGUGGCGCAGGAGGGGAGGAGCGCAUGCUUGACGACGCGAUCAGGGAGGAGAUGCUGGCUGCGCUCCGACUCGAGCACGCUGAUUUCCACUUCGCGCAGGAGCUCGCGGCGGUGGGCGACGUCGGCGCUCCGAAGCGCGUCAUCCGGCCGUCAGAGCGACCGACAGUGCCGACAGCGAAGAAGAGGAAGGGCGGCCAGGGUGCGGGGGCGAAGACGAAGGCGACGGCGGGAGACGGGGGCAUCGCGAGGUUCUUCAGCAAACGGUGA